UUGCUAUUUUUUAUAGAUGAUUUCAAUCGAGUCAAAUUAACUUCUCUAUCUCCCGGUGUAUCAGAUUAUAUCAACGCCAGUUACGUGAACGGAUGCUUUGGCAAAGUCGCCUACAUCGCCACACAGGGUCCUUUGGAAUGCACGGCUGAAGACUUCUGGCGAAUGGUCAUUCAGUGUGAUGUCAUCACUGUUGUCAUGUUGUGCGAGCUGCUCGAAGACAGCAAACCCAAAUGCUUCAAGUACUGGCCAAACAUGAAGGAGAAAAAGAACUUUGGUGGCAUCAGAGUGUCCAAUGUACUUUUGUUGGUACUUUAUGCGACUGUUACGCAUUGUUUUGAGGUGGAAGAGGUGAAUGUGAAAGAGCACAUUACCACGCGACAACUGGUCGUACGGCACGACUGUGGCAAACGGGAGGUACACCAUUUCCAGUAUCAUGGAUGGCCGGACCAUGGUUCACCUGAAGAGAUAGAGCCUCUUCUUGAGUUUCUAGAACAUGUACGAGUGUUCCAGAAAGAAGACGACUGCCGACCAAUCGUCGUACAUUGCAGGUAA